GUAGGCGAUCCGGAUCCUCGUCAUGUCGGUGACGGAGUUUAGUCUCCUGCGAUGGUUUCGGGAUCGGAGACAAUCCAGGAAAUUGAUUCUUCUCAUCGUCUUCAUCGCCCUCCUGCUGGACAACAUGCUGCUCACCGUCGUAGUUCCCAUCAUCCCCAGCUACCUGUACACCAUGACCCAUGAAUCCAAUGGCAGUGUCCCCCAAGAAGGGCCGAGUGGGCUCUCCGCACCCAGCACCUUCCAGACCAUCUUCUCCUACUACGACAACAGCACCCUGAUCACCACAAAUGCCACGUCUGAGACACUACGCCGAGCCAAGGAAGUGACACCACCACCUGCACUCCCCAGCGCUGUGCCAACAUCUGACUGCCCCAAGGCCGACUCCAACCUACUCAAUGAAAAUGUCAAAGUGGGUUUAUUGUUCGCCUCAAAAGCCACCGUCCAGCUGCUGACCAAUCCCUUCAUUGGGCCUCUGACCAACAGGAUCGGUUAUCAGAUCCCCAUGUUUGCCGGAUUCUGCAUCAUGUUCCUCUCCACCAUCAGUGAGUAUAUCUGA